UACUAAAAUUUAUCCACCACGGAGUAGCAUCCGCUGAAAUUUCCUUCACAGACUUGUUCUGCUGCAGUCCAAAUUGGUCAGCCUCUCUUGAAUUUCCUCUUUAAUUCUUUUCAUAUUCGAUGGAAUUUAUGCUCAAAUUAUAGCGGGAGGCUAAUGCCGGCGGACCUGAACAGUGGGCAGAGUUCCGAUCGAUAGACCCCAUUUUCCCGGCGAGUUUCUUGAAUUCAAAUCUGAUUGAGUAGCCGCCAGUUCAAUGUCUUGCUCAACUUUGAACUCUUAUCUCCCGAAAUUAUGGACGCCGCCCAGGUCGCGGAGCCGGCCACCGAGAACCGCUAUAACCAAAGUCUUUGCCCAACCCCCCAUACUCGCGGUUCUUUCAGACCCACAUGUUCUGCGGCUAGCAGAGACUCUGGAAGACUCCAUUGCCUCCACCUCCUCCGCUUUUCCUCCGCCGCCUCUCCAGAAGCUUAGGGACAUCUCCUCCCAGUCCCUGCUUUCGACGCCGUGGCCUUCGAGGAAGGACGAGCCUUUUAGAUUCACAGACACUUCGUUUAUCAAGAAUUCUGAUGUUCAGCCUGUAAACCCCUUAUCUACGCAAUCUCUGUCUUCUUUGGGCGUUUUGGCGGAGGCCCUUCUUCCCAGUCUUGCUAUAAUUGAUGGCUAUUUGGUAGACUCUUUGUCAGAGUUGCCUGAACUGCCGGAUGGGGUGUUUGUAGGUGCUCUGUCGAGAUUGAAUUCGGAGGAUAUAAUGGAAAGGGUGUCUAAAUAUGUAUCCAGUUUUCAGGGGGAUUUGUUUUGGUCACUCAAUGGUGUGGGUGCUCCUGAUGUGAUUGUUGUAUAUGUGCCUGAGGGUUGUAAGGUUGAGAGUCCAUUGCAUUUGAGAUUCUUUUCUUUGAAUGGGACUGAUAAGGAUUCGAAAACUCUGCCCAUUUCUAAUCCGAGGGUGUUGGUUUUGGUGGAGAAGGGUGGGGAGAUUAGUAUAGUUGAGGAGUAUAAGGGUGGAGAUAGGAAUGAUGUGUGUUAUUGGACGAAUUCAGUUAUGGAAAUUGUGCUCGGGGAUGGCGCAAAGGUCAGCCAUUCUUACAUUCAAGAACAGUCCUUUGGUGCUGCACAUGUUAAGUGGACUUCAGUUUGCCAGGAAUGUACAAGCAUCUAUGAGCUCACUGAAGUAAGCACCGGUGGAAAAUUGAGCAGGCACAAUGUCCACGUGCAGCAAGUCGGCCCAGAUACUGUAACGGAGUUAUCCACAUUUCAUUUAGCAAUCGGUGAUCAGUUACAAGACUUGCAUAGUAAACUGGUCUUGGACCAUCCUCGGGGGUUCUCUCGGCAACUUCACAAGUGUAUUGUAGCACAUUCGCUAGGGCAGGCUGUUUUUGACGGGAACGUUCAAGUCAACAGAGAAGCUCAGCAGACAGACGCAGGACAACUUACAAGGAGCCUCCUUUUGGAGCCUCGAGCAACUGUCAAUGUGAAACCUAAUCUCCAAAUUAUUGCCGAUGAUGUCAAAUGCUCCCAUGGGGCUGCAAUUAGUGAUUUGGAAGAGAACCAGCUCUUCUACUUCCGGGCUCGUGGGAUCGACAUAGAAGCUGCAAGAAAAGCUCUCAUUUUUUCGUUCGCGGCCGAGGUGGUAGAACGCUUCCCUGACUCUGCCGUCCGAAAGAGAGUUGAGAGCCUUAUAAGAAGGUUGCUUGAUCCUUCACUUCCUUCAAGGGAAAAAGAGUGAGCAAGAGAUUCUUCUCAAAGUUGCAGCUCUGAAUGAACUUCAAAAUUCAGACUCUGUUUGGUUGAGCAAUUGUUUACAGAAUGAUUAUCACUAUUUUUUGUAGCUGAAAAGAAGUGUCGCCAAAUGUGGCUAAGUUGACUAUUUCAAAUUCCACGACUUUUAUAAUUAAUUUAUUAGCUAUAAAAUGAUGGGUUAUUCCAUAUUUA